AUGGUCCAACUCUAUAGUAUUUUGGCACUAGGUCUAUCCCUAGUAUAUACUGCCUCGGCGGCUUGCAACUAUGGAACUGCAGACUUCCCUCGGGAGCCUAAUGUUCCCAUUGGCGCUUUCGGAUAUACAGGUCUUGAUGGUCCUCUGAACUGGUACUCUCUCAACAAGUCAGCGAACAUACUCUGCGCGGAGGGCCACUUUCAGUCACCUAUCAAUCUCAACUCUUCCAUUCCUGUUGCUCCGGGAAAUCGUAGUCUCACUCUCAACAUCACGAGCUACGCGGAGGGUGCCGAGUUCGAGAACCUGGGAACGACUCUUGAAGUGCCUGCCAAUGGUACUUUCACAACAGCGAACAACACGUACAACCUGGCGCAAUUCCACUUCCAUACCCCUAGUGAACACCGGAUUGACCUAGAAUAUUACCCCAUGGAGCUCCACUUCGUUUUCCAGGCAGCAGACAAGUCCAUCGCUGUUGUCGCGUUUGUAAUUGGGCUAGGCCCUGCUGAUCCUCUUCUUACGUCUGUGUUCGAGUAUGCUGUUGGGGCUGCCACACCAGGGGAAGCAACACUCACAGGCCCCUUGGUGUUCGCAGAUCUCGAGGAUCACUUCAGCUCUAGCAAUGUGUUUGAAUAUUCUGGCUCUUUAACUACACCUCCGUGUUCAGAAAACGUGCUCUGGUACGUCAGCGCCCAGCCUUUGACGGUUGAUCAGGGCACAUAUACAAAAGUGAAAAGGAUAUUGAAGUUCAACUCGCGAUACACGCAAAAUACUCCUGGAGGCAUGGAUCUUCUCCAGAACAGUGCGAAUGCCAUAAAUUCCUAG